AUGGCGUCAGUCGGGAAAUUUGCGGUAGAUUCGACCUCGGCUCAGGUUGAUUCAAGUUCUUCUUCGAGCAGCGGUGAUGGCUUCUUCCGCGCCGCUCGUGGCGAAGCCAUCGAUGCAACCGGCGACCAAGAAAUACGAGGCUUCGAUGCGAACCGUAUGCGAGCCCGUACGUAUCUCACCGCUGCUGAAGAGAAGAAGUUGAUCCGACGCAUCGACUGGCAUCUCAUGCCUUUGUGUUCCAUUAUGUUCUUAUUCAAGAACUUGGACGUGGAUAAUGUCUCAAAUGCUCGAAUAAUGAAUCGAGGAACGCCUCAAAAUAUCCUGACCCAGCUUAACAUCACAUCGGAUGAGUUUGCAUUGGUCACUGUGCUGUAUUAUAUCCCUUACAUCGUCUUUGAAGCCCCAUCAAAUUUGCUGCUAAAGCGCUUCUCACCCUCACGCUGGCUGUCGAGGAUCAUGCUUACUUGGGGGAUCGUACUGGCGCUACAUGUUCCGGUCUCCAAUAAGGAAGGUCUAUAUGCUGCUCGAUUCUUCUUGGGCUUAGCAGAAGCGGGCAUGUUUCCGGGUGUUAUACUGCUGAUGACAUACUGGUAUAGACCUGACGAGAUGUCUCUUCGGUUGUUAUACUUUUAUAUAUGUGGCAACCUCUCUGGAAUAUUUAGUGGUUUAUUAGCUUAUGGCUUUGAUACUGUGUCUGGGGCUGGUGGCCUGUCCGGCUGGCAGUGGUUAUUUCUUGUCGAAGCGAUUGCAACAAUUAUUGUUAGCUUCGGAAUUUGGUUCUUAUUGCCAGACUUUCCCGAGACAGCGUCGUGGUUGACGGAGAAGGAGAGGGCCUUCAUUCAAGCUCGGCUACCCGAAAAUGCUCCAAGAGCAUCAGAAGAGAACUUUAACAUGAGUGAGAUUUGGGCUUCGCUCAAAGACAAGCGCCUGUGGCUGUUUACUUUGAUCUGGGCAUUGUUUACUGUGGGAACAUCUGGUGUUCGCUUCUAUCAGCCAACUGUUAUCGCUAACCUCGGCUUCACGACUAUUGCUCAAGCCCAGCUCCUGAACUUACCGAUCUCAGUCUUUGGCCUGUUCGUUAUCUUCGUAACAGGGUACUUCGCCGAUAAUGGACGACUCCCACGUCCCUUAUACCCGUUGUCAUUCCUUCUGAUCAUCCUCGCAUCAUAUGCUGUGCUAAUUGUAUACCCGAACAAUGGCGGAGUGUACGCAGCUACGCUGAUCGGUAACGCUGUGACAGCGGCUUGGUAUCCCAUGAUGUGGCCGUGGCGCGUUCAAACAACAAGCCGUGCUACAGGUUCUGCGUUUUCUAUUGGAUUCGUUAACAGCUACGGACAGAUUGGCGGCGCUAUUGGACCUCAAAUAUUCCGAAGCGCCUAUGCGCCCAAAUACACAGUUUCCUUCGGUGUCGCUGCGGGUCUUGUCGGUGCAUGCGCCAUCAUCACUGUGAUUACAUGGUGGGUGACGAGACAAACAGAGAGGGACACACGUAAACUUAAGAGAGCGCGGAUUGCAGCGAGUAAGCGGGAUGAGGCUAUUUUGAACGAUGUUGUGGACAACGACUUGAAGAGAGCUUCUUAUUGA